AUGGCGGAGGGCCCCGCCGCCGCCACCAUCGCGGCGUCCAGCUACGAGGUCGACCUCGGCAACCUCAUGACGUACGACCCGUCGCUCCACAUCGCCGCCGCCUCCAGGGAGGAGCUGAGGCAGGAGUGCCUGCGGAAGGGUACGGAUCUGGCGCAGGCGUUGGCGGACGCCCUCUUCGCGCUGCCGCCCAACGAGGACCGCGACGGUCCCAUCGUCCACCUCCCGCUGCCCACCGUCCGACUCCCGCGCGAAAAGCAUGUGAGAACCUGA